CGUGGACCAAUCGUAGUUCAUGUACAUUGUGUUUUAUAGCCGUAUAAAUUCUCUGAUCUCAUUUUAACAUAAUAUUUGGUGUGGAUGUUAUUGAAAGAAAAAUGUGCACCUGCUUGAAAGUUACUUCUCUUUGGAUUGUAUUAGCAACCGCGAACAUAACUUACUCUGAAAAAUGCAGCACAUCGACGAUGGCGGAUAUAGUGUUCAUGGUGGACGGGUCUGGAAGCGUUGGCUCUGCGGGCUUCCAGUCCGCCAAGGCGUUCAUGUCGCAAUUUGUUGACCUUUUCAACAUAGGUCCAUCCCACACGCAGAUUGGGGUCAUGAUUUAUUCGAGCCAGAUAACCUUCCCAAUACUUUUAAAGUCUUAUUCGGACGCGAACGAAUUAAAAAAUGCAAUAAACGGAAUAAGCUAUCAAGGCGGCAGCGAGGAUACUUCUGAAGCCCUUAGGCAGCUGGUGUCUACCAUGUUCAUAGAAACCAAUGGCAAGAGGAGCAACGCUACACAAAUCGUUAUUAUUGUCACCGACGGUGCGGCUGACUCAUCGACUGUUUCCGAGUCAAACAAUGUGAAAUGCAAAAGCGUCGUUAUUUACGUAGCGUCUGUGACCACGUACUCCGGCGGCAUCUUUGAUCAAGUGGCGUCCGGGAUAAAGUAUUUUAUGUCGAUAAAUGACUACAGCUAUCUGCAGACGCUAGUGGGGCCAUUGGCUGUGGCCGCGUGUGAGGCGCUCCACACUUGCCUUCCAACCACGUGUCAGAAUGGCGGCACGUGUCACGUGGGCAGUACGGCCUACAGCUGUGAGUGUCCCGCAAUAUACACCGGCUGGCACUGCGACCUCUCAAUAUGUUCUGCUAGUCCGUGUGGAAAUAGGGGCCAGUGCAAAAUCGAAGGCAACACAUGGAAAUGCACGUGCUAUGCUGGAUACACUGGGGCAACCUGUUCUACUAACAUCGAUGAGUGUGCGAGUUCUCACUGCGUACAUGGCACGUGCUCUGACCGGUUGAACGAGUACACGUGUCACUGCGAACCAGGCUACACCGGUAUCCAUUGUGAACAAGAUAUUGACGAGUGUGUUUCCGGUCCAUGCGUUCACGGCACGUGCCACGACCACGUGACUGCCUUCUCCUGCACGUGCAGUGCAGGGUAUACAGGGAUCCUGUGUGAGAAAAACAUCAACGAGUGCGAGAGUUCUCCCAGUCAGAACGGUGGGGCAUGCAUAGACAAAGUGAACAUGUUUGAAUGCGUAUGCGCCGAUGGAUACUAUAACCUGCAGUGUGAAACAAAUAUCUGUCAGCCCACAAUGGCGGACGUGAUAUUCCUUCUUGACUCAUCUGUCAGCCAGUCCCGCGACCAGUUUACCAGACAGCUGGAUUUCGUCAACCAGUUCAUAGAUCACGUGGUAGUCGGGACGGAGAACUUUCAGUUCGCAGUCGUCACGUUUUCCUUCGCGGCGAAAGUCGAGAUAAGAUUGGCCGAGUUCAACGACAACGCUACUUUGAAGGAAGCCGUUAGGAACAUAUCAUUCCGUCCCGGAGGAACAUUUACACACAAGGGUUUGCAGACGGUGUCGCAACUUGUCGCUAAUUCUUCAUCCGCAAGGCCAUUCAACCAUUCUGCCCGACGCUAUGUGGUUCUCUUGACGGACGGAAUGUCGAUCAACAGGGCAGAAACGAAGAGGGUUGCUAAAAGUCUGAAACAACAGAUCUUUAAACUGAUAGCCAUUGGGGUCGGUCCCGAGGUGUCCCAUCGAGAGUUGCUGGAUAUAGCGUCUCUAGGUGACAAGAGGACGCCCCAGUACGUGUUCGCCGUCAGUAACUUCAAUGCCCUUUUCACCAUCGUGGCGCAGCUUGUUCACCUCACGUGUCAAGAAUGCACAUGGGACACGGCAACAGAUGUUGUGUUUCUUAUUGAUAUGUCGACGGGGAUGUCGCAGGUGGAAGUGGACCUCGGAAUCGACGCGAUGACGUAUUUGCUGAACGCACUUCUGGACACACGCUACAAUACGACAGUACGGGCCGCUCUUCUAUCCUAUGGAAAUGAGUUCCGCGUUCACCGUACACUGGAUGAACCCAUGGAGUCUCUACGAGAUUACAUACAGAUACUGACUGUGCCUAAAUAUUGUGACGCAAGUGGUGACGACGAUUGUGACGUCAUUAGAAGUCUGUCACGAGCUUUUGCUCACUUGAAUACAAGCAUGUUUAAAAACAAUGAAAAUAAUACUCGAGAGGUCAUAGUUAUGAUCAGUAAUGGUAGGCACGACAUUGAUACUUCAGUCCGGGCACUGGCCAACGACUUAGUCCGUACAGGAAAGAUAGUGCUUGCGAUUGGAGUCGGGGAUAGUUGGAAGGUCGAUUCCUUCAAACAGAUGGUGGAAGAUCCUUCUCACAUCUACACCGUAGAGUCGAAGGAAUCUGUGAACGUGCUGGACUCUGUUAUGACGGAAAUUGUAUACAGCUCGUGCGCGCUUUCAAACGAUUUUAAUAAUAAACCAUAACAUGCAUUCGUAUAUUUGAUAACAAUUGAACAGUGUAGGAAACCAUGUGGUACAUCAAGUAAAUGUAAUCUAUUUAUGAAACGUGCGUGUUCUACGUCUACUUCGUACUUCCUACAGUCAAUUACUGACUAUUACAGGAAGGCCUAUUAUAGGCAGAUAUGGGCACUGUCGAGUCCGUUUCAUGGGAAGAACCAGUACAUGGUGUCUAUGGAGGAGAUAAUGAGAACGCUCCCCGAGUAGGGAGCGAACUCCCGAUCGCUAGGCGGACACCUCAUCCACCGCGACCUUUAUGUUGGAAUGUGCCGUAUGCCAACACAUGUAGUUAGGACAUAUGAAGAGAGGAGAGAACGGUAAUGGUUUAGCGCGAACAAAAUGCACGGGUUCCUCGUUUGAGCGUUUAUAGGAGUUGCAAAUCUAUCGAUUUUUAAUAUUGCACAGAGAAAGAAAGGAUGACAAAACCGCCCUCCUGCCCCUUAAUGUAAAAUUUGUGUUUUAAGAUAACCGGUUUCAUUAUAUUAAGUUCCGUAUUUUUUAAAUAAUAAAAAGUUUAUAUUGAGUU